CACUGAAAAUGGUGGUCUCGCAGAAGUUGAAGGAAGCUGAGAUCACAGAGCAGGACUCGCUGCUUCUCACAAGGAAUCUGCUGAGGAUAGCAAUAUUUAAUAUCAGCUACAUCCGUGGUCUUUUCCCUGAGAAGUAUUUCAGUGAUAAGUCUGUUCCAGCCUUAGAAAUGAAGAUUAAGAAGCUCAUGCCAAUGGAUGCUGAGUCACGCAGACUGCUUGAUUGGAUGGAGAAAGGAGUUUACGAUGCAUUGCAGAAGAAAUACCUAAGAACACUCUUGUUCUCUGUGUGUGAAACAAUAGAUGGACCCAUGAUUGAAGAAUAUGCUUUCUCCUUCAGCUAUUCAAGUUCUGAUAGUGAAGAAGUUAUGAUGAAUGUGAACCGAACUGGAACAAAGAAGCAAGGAACGUUCAAAUGUAACUCAGAAAACGAGAUAACUCCUAACCAGAUGAGGAACUCUGCUUGUAAGAUGGUCCGUACACUGGUUCAACUGAUGAGAACUCUAGAUCAAAUGCCAGAAGAGAGAACUAUACUGAUGAAGCUCCUUUAUUAUGAUGAUAUUACGCCUGCUGAUUACGAGCCUCCUUUCUUCAGAGGCUGCAAAGAAGAGGAAGCCCUUAACCCAUGGACUAAAAGUCCUCUCAAAAUGGAGGUUGGAAAUGUAAACAGUAAACAUUUUGUACUAUCUCUCAAGGUCAAGAGUGUCCUUGACCCAUGUGAAGAUGAUAAUGAUGACAAUCAUAGUGAUAAUGUGAGCUUAGGAGCUGACUCUGCCCAGAAAGAUGGCAGUGACUUUGAUAGUGAGUCCAGUCAGUCUGAUGACGAUCAAUAUAUAGCUGCCCCAAGAGAUAAAGAAAAGCCACAGGAUGCGCCUAUGCUUGAUCAAGAUGAUACACAGGACCCAACAGAGGAUGAGCACCAACUUGGGCGGGUCAAGGAAUGGAUCAGUGCUUACCACCUUGAUAAGAUUGAACUAAUUGAUGUUCUCUCCAAUUUUCCUGACGUCUCAGUGGCCGUGGUUGAAGAAAUUAUGGAAAAGCUUGUCAAGGAAGGUACUCUGUCAAAGACUGAUGUAGAUACUUUCAACAUUAACAAGCAAAAGAAAUUCGAUUAUGAUUUUGAUGCCGUGAAAGAAGAAGCUGACUGCCAAAUGGGGCCAAAAAGCCACAGUGCUCAAAAUGGCAUGGGUGCAGAUUACAUGUACAUGAAGGCUUUAUACCAUGCACUUCCCAUGAACUAUGUAACAGUUUCAAAGCUUCAGAGCAAACUUGAAGGACAAGCCAGUCAGCCUACAGUUCGCAAACUGCUUGAUAAGAUGACCCGAGAUGGCUUUGUCGAAGCUAAAAGCAAUCGCAGACUUGGCAAGCGUGUGAUCCACUCAGAUCUGACUGAAAAGAAAUUGAAUGAAGUAAAGAAAGCCUUGGAGAAGGAUUUCAUGGAUGUGGAAAUUCAUAAAUCAGACAACGACCACAAGGACCUGUCCACUUGCGGUGGUCUCCACUCAAUUGGAUCCGAUGUCACCAGAACAAAAGGGAAGUCUGAUGCAUACCGGAAUGACUCUACAAGGAGUGAUCAGACCAUGUAUAAGAGGAAGGAUCUUGGUGGCACUCCCACAAGCUGUGUUGAGCCACUAGCUUCAAGAGAGAGUUUUGUGCCUGGACGUGAUGAGAAUGGGAGAGCUACUAACAAAAACUCCACCAACAACUGUGAUGAGCUUGACAAUGUUAUCUGCAGCAGGUCCAGCCAGGACAAACUUUCCCGGAAAGCAAGCACGGUGAAAGAGCCAAUCCUGCACCUCGUCGUUGCCAUUGCCCAACUCCUCGCCGUCUUCCGCCUCAUUGUCGCUGGCGCCGUCUUCCACCUCGCCGUCUCCUUUGCCAUUGCCUCGUCGUCGUCAAUUCCAGCCUCGCCGUCGCCAACUCCUAGCCUCGUCGUCACCGUGCUUGUUGUCGCCCCAUUGCAUAGCCCCGCCCCAUGCCCUGCACCCGUGUUUGCGUCGUUUUCCCUCACCUCCUCUACCCUUACCGUGCCUUGCUCGCCUCCUUUAAGGUCUUGGCGGUUACUUCGGGAACGGCACAUGCCUCGGCUUAAGGCUUGACCAGAUUGGAUUAAUGUUCCCGGAGUACCCCAACAACCAGGGGGGUUGAGUGUGGAUAUUAUACGAUGCGAUUUUUAUGGCUCAUCGUCACUUUGUGUGCUCAGUGUUCUUUCCCGUUAUACGAUGUAAGUUUAUUUUAGUGUGCUUUUGAAACUAAUGAAGUGUUCAUCAUCAU